UGCGUUGUCCAAUUCCAUGCCUUUUAUUGUGACUGCAACGAGUUAGUCGUUGCUAGAUUUUUGUGAAAAAUAAUAAAGAAAUCGUGAAAUAGUCACUAAAAUGACAGAAUUACAAAAAUUGACCGAUGCCAUAGUGCAUGAGUAUCUGAAGACAAAAGACAAGAACCUAGCAAAAGUGUUCGAGCAGAAAGCAAAAGUGCCCACUGUGGGAAAGAAUACGCCAUCGUUGACAGAAAUCUUGGCUUUUUAUCAAAGCAAAACCUCACAAAAGAUACCGCCUGUGAAAAAAACUAAAUCGGACAGUGACGACAGCGAUAGCGACGAAGAUGAAGUCGAGGUCAAAAAGCCGACAGCCAACGGAAACACAAAUGGUAAUUCUGCUAAAAAUGCUGCCUCCUCUAGCAGUGAAGAAGACUCCGAGGAAGAGAAGCCUGUCAAAAAGUCACCAGUGAAGGCUGUGCCUGCAAAGAAAGCGGCUGCAUCUUCAAGCAGUGGGGACAGUUCUAGCGACGAGGAGCCGGCCAAAAAAGCAGCUCCUGCUGCUGCUAAGAAAACGGCUGCCGAGGCACCUAAGCCCACAUAUACCAGCAGCGAAGGCAGUGACUCUGAUGAGGAGGAAGAAAAUAAGAAGAAGAAACAGACGAAACCAGCGGCUGCUCCUGCAAAGUCGCCAGGAAAGGCAGCUCAGCCCAAGAAAGCCGCUGCAUCCUCUAGCAGCGAUGACUCCUCCGAUGAGGAGCCCGCUAAAAGCGCUGCUGCCGUUAAGCCAGCUGCCAAACCCACGCUUAAGAAGGCAGCAGAAUCUAGCAGCGAGGAAGACAGUUCAAGUGAGGGAGAGCCGCAAAAGAAGGCACCAGCAGCACCUGCUAAGCCAGUAGCUAAAAAGGCUGCAUCCAGCAGUAGCGAAAGCAGUGACUCUGAAGAGGAGCAAAAGAAGCCAGCAGCGUCUGCUAAGACACCGGUAAAGCCGACUCCUGCCAAGAAGGCAGCCGCGUCCAGCAGUGAUGAGUCUUCCGAUGAGGAGAAAGCGCCAAAGGCUUCACCCAUUAAGGCCGCGCCGGCCAAGAAAGCAGCAGACUCCAGCUCUGAAUCUUCCUCAGAAGAAGAAGCGCCGCCCAAGAAGGCGGCAGUAAAGGCUCCCGUGACGCCAGCUAAAAAAACCGCGGACAAGGCUGAUUCUGAGGACUCAUCCGAGGACAGUAGCUCUGAAGAUGAAAAGGCUGCAGUCAAGCCCGCUGUCAAGAAGAGCGCUGCACCAGCUAAAAAAGAGGACUCUUCAUCCGAAGAUGAUUCCGAUGACGAGGAGCCAGCCAAACCAGCAGCCAAGCCAGCUGCAAAGGCGGCGGCCAAGAAGAAUGACAGUUCGGAUAGCUCCUCUUCCGAAGACGAUGAGCCGGCAGCUAAGAAAAAACCUGCACCGGCCAAGAAGCAGGAGAGCAGUGAUAGCGACAGCGACAGCGAAGAAUCGGGCGAGGUCAAGCCCAAUAAGCAACAGCCAGCGGCCAAUGGUGCCGGCAAGAAGCGCAAGUUCAGCGGCGGUGAUGCGGACGAAGCAACACCCAACAAAAAGUACAACAACUUUGUCAAGUCUGGCGAACAACAGCAACAGCACAAUGGUUUCACCUCCACGCCCAACAAUGCUAACAACAACAGCAACAAACAGUUGAACAACAGCAGUGGCGGACGUCGUAGAUCGCCUUUCCGGCGUGUACGGACCGAGGAGGUUCUCGUGGAUUCACGCGUUCAGGACAUGUCCUUUGAGGCAAAGGACGGCGGUGGCUUCAAGAAGUUUAGUAAUGGACCACGUGGACGCGGAGGCUCUGGCUUUGCCGGCCGUCCGGAUCGUAGCAAGUGGGACAACAAUAAGCAAAACGGCGAGGAAGGCGGCGAGCGCAAGAGCUUCGGCGGUUUUGAGCGCAAGUCCUUUGAUGGACAGCGCGGUGGACGCGGUGGUGGCGGCGGUCGUGGUGGUUUCGGUCGCGGCGGUGGCGGCGAUCGCGGUGGUCGCGGCGGAUUUGGACGCGGUGGCGGCGAUCGUGGUGGACGCGGUGGAUUUGGACGCGGUGGCGGCGAUCGUGGUGGACGCGGUGGAUUUGGUCGUGGUGGCGGCGGACGCGGCGGUGGAUUUGGCAACAAGUCUUUCGAUUCGUCGUCAAAACAAAAUAAGAAAAUUACUUUUGAUAAUUAAUAUCUAAACUAGUUAAGGCAUUUACAAAGCACACGUCGCCAGAAACCCAACCCAUAAUAGGAUACAAAUAAUGUGGAAUAGCGUUCCAAUAAUUUUGACAAUAGUUCAAUACCAUUAUUUUAUAACGUAAUUUCUGGAUUUGGUGUUGAAUGGAGUCUACAACAUACACACACAUGCACACACAAACACUCGCAAAACAAAAUAUUUGUUGUAUACAAAAUAAUAAUUCAAAUUUUUAUAUAAUAUAUAAUAUAUAUUUAAAAAAAUAUAGAAAAAUGCUGCCGGUUCUUGGGGAGAGCGCGCCAAUAAGGAUCUAAAAUUCACGCGCGGCAAAUCCUUCAAACAUGAAAAGACCAAAAAGAAGCGCGGCAGCUAUCGGGGCGGUCAAAUUGACACGG